AUGGAUGUUUUCUCGUUCUGGUUCAUUUUGGCAUCGUAUUCGGUUAAAACAUUUGCUCAGCAAUGUAAGUUGACGCAACGAUCUGAACAUGGCUUAGUUCUCCUUGAUCACGUGUUCAAAUCAUUCACUGUGGAUCGGUUGGCUUCGUGUUAUAUUGCCUGCAAUUCACAGCCAGUGUGUCAAAGCCUUAACUUCAGGCUGAGUGACAAAACUUGCCAGUUUAACAAAGAAAGUAAUAUUUCCUGCCCAGCCAGUCUGAAGCAGAAUGAAGGGUUUAUCUAUGCUGAUAACCCAGAUCGAGGUGAGAAUAUCUUAAGAACAAAUUUUUUUCCUGGAUAUUUCGACAACCGAAGAAAUUGGAAGACAUAACGUGAAGGGAAUUGGUUACGUAAUGAGUCCACAUAGUUACAAGGCCUCAAGAAAUGCAAAAAGUCUACGUCAUUCCGUCAAAGAGUAUUAAAAAGAAACUAAUAUUUCCUGCCCAGCCAGUCUGAAACAAAAUGCAGGGUUUAUUUUUUUGCUGAUAACCCAAAUCGAGGUGAGAAUAUCCUUAAAACACUUUGGUUUUUUUAUCGGUCCGUGUUUAUUAAAAAGUAUAUGGUUACAUUUUUUUCAUGGAUCUGCCAUAGUGUUAUCAAGGAAACUUUUGUUGGCCAGCAAACUUUUAUUCCUUGUUACUUGAACAAAUGAAGAAAUUGGAACUGAUAUAAUUUCGGGGGAAUUGGUUACGUAACGAGUCCACUUAGUUCUAAGUUCUCAAGAAUACGUAAUUAAUCUGUGUCAUUCCGUCAAAAAUUAGACUUCCACCGUUAUAGUUGCUAAAAUCUAACUUUCAUUCGUGAAAUAGACCCAUUUUUAAGAGACAAACGACAUAACAACUGCCCUAUUAAUAACACCCUUUAGUUAUGGUAUUAUUGAAACUUGUCUUCAACUGCAAAUUAUGAUGUAGAUCAAUAGGUUGUAACAAGUAUUUUCAUUUAUAUAAAUGUUAAUUGUGUUGUUUACAAUUGUAUGAUAUGUUGACUACUCAUGCAAAGUAUGAUGAUUUGUUUGCAUAUUUUUGGUUGCAGCUCUUCUCGGGUCAGUUCCCUUCAGAGCUGCAAAGUCCUGUCAACAUGUCUUUCAGAGUGGAGAUUCCACUGGGAAUGGGGAAUACUGGAUCGACCCACAAGGCACUGGGAACUCCUUCAAGGCUUUUUGCGACAUGACAACUGGUGGAGGUACCUUAGUCCUUUUUUGUUGUUUUUUGUUUUCAAAUGUUGGGUUUUUUUCUUUGUGGUUUAUAUAACCAGGCAUUUUUUUAUCGAUAGGAGGCUGGAUGAUGGUUUUGAACGUUAUUUUGCCAAGCCCCCAAUCUUCAAGGUGGAAUGGCAUAGCUGAACAAACGUUUCAAGGUAUGCGUAACUACGGAAACGGCAAAAUGGCUAUAACCAAAAGCGCCAUGAAACAACUAAGAGCGUACAUAAACUUUACCCAAAUAAGAUUUCACUGCAGCAAAGAAAAAGGAACAACAUUCCACGUCCGAACGACUCUGAACAACAAAGGUACAGAAGUGGUGCGAUAUUUCAGCGGUGAAAGAGAUGAGAUGCCGGACUCGUGUGACUCCUUCGUCCGUAUAGAUGGUGACAACUCAAGACUAGCUCAGAAUUGUGCGACAUGGGCAUAUCAUGGUAAGUGGGGACAUGUCAGCCAUAAUGUUGGAGAGAAUCGUCUGUACAACUACGCAGCAUUUGUGGCCCACAGUUAUCAUUGGGUAAUUCCUACUGGUGGCCACUGGAAGUGCGAUGAUAAUACUGGCGACAACCUGUCUACUGGAGACUUUUGGAAAGUUUAUGUCCGUUGA